CUGGACGGGCCGGGGGUGGGCUUAGAUCAGAAGCCCGUCUGCUGCUGCUGCUGCGGCUUGGAAAGGCGGGGAGUGGGCGACCCCCGCGCGCCCGGCCAGAAGCCUUCCCAGAUUGCUGUUGGGAGUUUGGGCCCUAUGAAAAGAACACAAUGACCGAACUUCAGAUCGACAGUUCCUGCCUGCCACCCGUCCAGGAAGUUUGCCGAGAUUUCGCUGUCCUAGAAGAUGGUGCGUUGGCCUAUUGUCUACAAGAACAAGAGAUUGAACUGCACUACGCUUCCAAUGUCCAGAAGAACCAGAUGGUCCAGAAUGACCGCCGGAUCGCCACGAGGCUUCAGAACCAGGAGGUGGAAGCCCAGAAGAUUCACGAGGGCAGGCCACCCAAAGAAAGCCAUGAGGGAGACCCGAAAAACGCCCAGAAAGAUCUUCCGGUGAAACCAGGAAAAGGGGAACGGAAGAAGGCCGGCGGCGAUCAGGAAAAGGACGAGAGCGGUCAGCCAAAGCAAAGGGCCUCACGUGGGACAAGAGAUGGCGUCCCCGAGGCCCUGCACUGGGAGAUGGCCAGAUUGGAACUCCAGAUCCAGCAGCAGUUUCAGGAAGAUGAGGAACUGGCCCGGAAGCUGCAGGAGGAAGAAGAAAGGGAAGAGACGCGCGUGAGAGCUAGGAGGAACCGGGAGCAAGAUGACGAUUACCGGGCGGCUCAGGUGGCCCAGGAUGAGGAAAUUGCCCGCUACCUACAAGACAAGGAACUCCAGAGCCAGUGGGGCUCCCCACGGCAGGAGAGGAAGCAGACCGAGCCCCUCGAGGGACAAAGCCAUUGCAACCCAGAGAAGGACUCCUGGCCGAGUGGCAGAAGCCCAGCCCUGCUGAGGAUCCAGGCUGAUCCAGAGGACGCCAAUGGGACGGCGAAAGGAGCUGCCAUCCAGAAGAAGCCACAGUUUUGCCGAAAUAUCGCUGAAGUUCUGGAUCCAACUUUUCAAGCCGCUAAAAUGGGAAUGCCUUCAGAUGUGAUGGAUCUGGGUUCAAAAGCCCCCAGCCCAGGACCCCUGGCCCAGACGGACAGCCCCUUUGACUACCCGCCGAGGGUGGCAGCUCCUGUCUUCGUCUCCCCGACCAAACGACAGCCAGACAAGGUGGGCUGCCCGAAAUCCAGCAACAAAAAGGAAGGCUGUAGACAGCAGUGAGAUGGGGUGGGCCAAGCUCUUUGGAUGCUUUUUCCCUCUCCUUCUUCUUCUUCUUCUUUUCUCUCCCAACUUUUCACUGAUGUCUUGGCUGGAUUGAUAUCUCAAACAGGAUGUCCGACUUUUAAAGCUCUUUCCUUCCUUCCUUCCUCUUAUUUCGACCUGAACUCCUCCCUCUUUUAAUUCAGCCGUCAAUCCCAUCAAAUGAACACACACACAAAAAGCGUCGGUAAAAAAGCAAAAAAUAAUAAUAAUAAUUACCCAUCACCAAAAACGGAAACGGGCUUUUCAGGGAGGGACGUUACUCUAUCGGUGGCCCAAAUAUUCCCUUUUUAAAAAAAUAAAAUAAAAAUUAAAUUGCUUUUACAUUUCAAAAUAUCUCCACUCCCUGUCCAGGAGGACGCCUUGCAUUAUCCAGAAAGACACACACGGUUGUGGCCAGGUUACAUGGAUCGCACAAAUUAAACCAGGUAGUCAGAAUCGGAAGAGAUCUUGGAAGAGACCUUGGAGGUCGUCUAGUCCAGCCCCCAGCUCGAGCAAAAGAUCCUUGAUUGACAACAGUUCAUUUAGUGACCAAAGUUACAGCACUGGGAGAAAAAAAAGGGGGGGUUGUUUUUCACAGUUAUGAUGUUUCUCGCAUCCCCCCAUGCUCAGGCGAUUAAAAUUCUGAGGCUUGGCCACUGACUCGUACUUACGACGGGUGCAGUGUUCCCCCGGGGGUCGCAUGAUUCACCUUUUGCAACCUUUGGAGGAGCAAAGUCCAUGGGCAAGCCGGAUUCGCUUUAACAGCUGCAAGGAUUCACUUAACCACGGUGGCAAGGACAGACGUAAAACCGGGCGAAACUCACUGGACAAAUGUUCCGCUUAGCCACAGAAAUGUUGGCCUCGAUUAUGGUCAUAAGCCGAGGACUAACUAUAUUCUUUUGGCAACUCGGUGCUCCCACAAGUAGCCUUUAUCUGGCUUGGGACGGUUGGCAACUUUUAAUUUAUGUCCCUAUCUUUCUUUCUUUCUUUCUUU